CUUUUCAGCUGAUGAAAUUUUCAACUUUCUACGCAUACGAAUGCUUCUGCUUGCGAAUUGCAGCGAUGCCGCCAGCUGUUAGCAGCAGUUCUCAUACAUUUGUUUUGCUGUGCGGACGCUAGUUGUACGGACGUGUAGAAUGUUAAAUGAUACCGCAGACGCUGCGAUGGAGCUGCGUAGCGAUGACAUUUACCGCGUGCCGGAGACGAUGCACUUCCCCACGGAAGAGCUGAAUAUACUGGAAAUUUGGCGACGAGAGAAAACUUUUGAGCGUUGCAUACAGUUAUCCAAGAAUAGACCAAGAUACACGUUCUACGAUGGCCCACCGUUUGCGACGGGUCUACCGCAUUAUGGCCACAUACUGGCCGGCACCAUCAAAGAUAUCGUGACGCGCUACGCCUAUCAGCAGGGUCAUCAUGUGGAGCGUCGCUUCGGCUGGGAUUGUCACGGCUUGCCGGUUGAAUUUGAAAUUGAUAAACUUUUGAAUAUACGCGGACCGGAAGAUGUGCAGCAGAUGGGCAUAGCGGCGUACAAUGCCGAGUGCCGCAAAAUAGUUAUGCGCUAUGCAAAUGAAUGGGAGGCCGUGGUGACACGUAUGGGUCGUUGGAUUGAUUUUCGUAAUGACUACAAAACACUCUACCCCUGGUAUAUGGAGUCGAUUUGGUGGGUUUUCAAGCAGCUUUACGAUAAGGGACUCGUUUAUGAGGGUGUUAAGGUGAUGCCCUAUUCGACUGCGUGCACGACGGCGCUUUCUAAUUUCGAAUCCGGUUUAAAUUACAAGGAGGUAGUGGAUCACUGUGUGGUUGUGGCAUUUGAAGCGGUUAAUAUGGUGAAUACAUAUUUUCUCAUUUGGACAACUACACCUUGGACUUUGCCGUCCAAUUAUGCCUGCACCGUGAAUCCGAAUUUGAUUUAUGUGAAGGUGCUCGACAAGAAAAGUAAUCGUUUUUAUAUUCUGAGUCAAACACGCUUAAAUUUUGUCUACAAAAAUGAAAACGAUUAUGAAAUUAUCGAAAUAUUCAACGGCAGCAGUUUAGCCAAUGAAUCAUAUAGGCCACCAUUCGCAUAUUUCGCUAAAAGCGGUGCAGCAGUAAAAGCUUUCCGUAUACUAGUCGACGAUUAUGUAACCGAUGAUACGGGCACGGGCAUCGUGCACAAUGCGCCCUACUUCGGUGAAGAUGAUUAUCGUGUGUGUCUAAAUGCGGGUAUUAUAAAGAAAGCCAGUAAGCCGAUUUGUCCGCUCGACGAAGUGGGACGUUUCACAGCGGAGAUCACUGAUUUUGCGGGCUUAUAUAUUAAAGAUGCUGAUAAAUUGAUAAUUGCGAAACUAAAGAAACUAGAUAUACUAGUCUCUGUUGGACAAGUGAAGCACAGUUACCCGUAUUGCUGGCGUUCAGAUACGCCUUUAAUCUAUAAGGCGGUGCCUUCAUGGUUCGUACGCGUCGAGCAUAUGUCACAGAACUUGCGGGAAUGCAGCGCGCAGACUUAUUGGGUGCCAGAAGGUGUACGCGAUGGCAGAUUUGGAAACUGGUUGAAGGAAGCACGCGAUUGGGCGAUAAGUCGCAAUCGUUACUGGGGCACUCCCAUUCCGAUCUGGCGUUCACCCAGUGGCGAUGAGGUCAUUUGCAUUGGCAGCAUCGAGCAAUUGGCUGCAUUAUCCGGAAAACACAUUAAAGAUCUGCAUCGUGAGACAGUUGAUGAAAUCGAAAUCCCCUCUGCCAUACCUGGACAUCCGCCAUUACAACGCAUUAGCGCCGUCUUUGAUUGCUGGUUUGAAUCUGGUUCAAUGCCGUUUGCGCAACAACAUUUCCCAUUUGAAAAUGUUACCAACUUUAUGAGCAACUUUCCGGCCGACUUCAUUGCCGAGGGCAUAGAUCAAACACGUGGUUGGUUUUACACGCUUCUAGUUAUUUCCACGGCUCUCUUUAAUAAAGCGCCGUAUAAAAAUAUCAUUGCGAAUGGGCUCGUGUUGGCGGCAGAUGGCCAGAAAAUGUCGAAGCGCAAGAAAAACUAUCCGGAUCCAAUGGAUGUGUUGCGUAAAUAUGGCGCUGAUGCCUUACGUUUGUAUUUGAUAAAUUCGCCGGUGGUGCGCGCCGAGAACUUGCGCUUCAAGGAGGAGGGUGUGCGUGACAUCAUUAAGGAUGUGCUGCUGCCAUUAUACAAUUCGUAUCGCUUCUUGCGGCAAAAUAUUGCUCGUUACGAAAAGGAAGAUCUAUGCGGCUCAGCACGUUACCUCUUUGAUAAGGAGCGUCAUGCGCGUGCACUGAAAGAAACCACUUUGCUUGAUGUUUGGAUAGUUUCAACUAAGGAAUCGCUUAUUGACUUCUUCGCUAAGGAAAUGAAGCAGUACCACUUAUACACAGUGGUGCCACGCUUGACUAAGUUCAUAGAUCAGUUAACGAACUGGUACAUACGCUUAAACCGUCGCCAUCUUCGUGGUGAACAUGGUGCCGCCGAUUGUCUGCAAUCUUUAGACACCCUGUACUCAGUUCUCUUUGAGUUGAUUCAUCUACUAGCGCCGUUUACGCCAUUCCUUUCCGAGUACAUUUACUUACGCCUCUUGCCGUUUCAAGCGAAGACAUCAGAUUGUAGAGGAGCCACUUCAGUACAUCAUCAAAUGUUGCCGCAGCCGAAUUUAGAGCUCAUCCGUCUAGAUAUAGAGAAAUCGAUGUCUUUGUUGCAAACCAUUAUCGAAUUGGGUCGAGUAAUGCGUGACCGUCGCACAGUGCCACUAAAAUGUCCACUCUCAGAGAUUAUUGUAAUACACAGAGAUCCGGAGGUUUUAGAGUCUGUGGAACGGUUUUCCGGCUUCAUACUGAACGAACUAAAUGUACGCAAUCUGACACUCAGCUCGGAUAAAUGUAAAUACGGUGUUACAAUGCGCGCGGAACCGGAUCAUAAGUUAUUGGGUCAACGCCUUAAAGGCGACUUCAAAACUGUGCUGAACGCAAUAAAAUCACUCAAAGACGAAGAGAUACAAGCGCAAUUGACCAAGGGCUACUUUACUAUUAAACAGCAUCGCAUCGAGCUCUCGGAAGUGCGUUUAAUUUAUUGUGUGUCACAGGGUUCGAAAACCAACUUGGAAGCAAAUAGUGAAAAUGAUAUACUCGUAUUAUUGGAUAUGACAACAAACGCCGAGUUAUUGGAAGAAGGCGUGGCACGUGAGAUCAUCAAUCGUAUACAAAAGCUAAAGAAGAAAGCGAAAUUAAUACCCACUGAUGAGGUGGUAGUCUUCUAUCGAUUAAACGAUAGUAAAGUAAAUGAGUCAAAUAGCGGAACUGCUAAUGACCUAAGAACCGUUAUGAAAAAAUACAAAAGUAUGAUUACAACAACCAUUAGAUCGGCGCUUUUGCCAUAUAAUGAUGAAGAUAUAUCAAAACGGAACUUUAUUAUAACGGAAAUAGUAACUGUUAAAGACGUCAACUUAGAACUGACCAUUUGCUCUUCGCAAAGCCGUACAGACAUUCCAAGCGUGCAUGUUAUGCUUAUCGAAAACCUCGCACCGCGUUUUGGUGGAAAACCAAUAACAAGUUUGCAUUAAACUGGAGAAAUUAUGACACUAACACAAUUGAUGGCUGAGAUCAAUUUGAAUUUUGGCUUAUAUGGCGUGAAUUAUAACGUGUAUUGGUUUGAUGAAACACAACAACAACUACAAAUGCUAAGCGCUAGCGAUUUGAAUGACAAACUAAAUGGGAAACUGCUGGUGGUGGCGCGGAAAGCGAGUGAUGUGAAGGAGAAGCUUUUUCUAGCAGAUAGCGUAGUAGAAAUAAAAAAUGAAUAUUAAAAGAAUUUCGAAUCUGACUUACGAAUUGUCAAAAAUAUAGUUGUACUAAAUUUUAAUUUAAUUUAUUAAAAUAACCGUUUAUAAAUUUGAA